AUGGCCUUUGGUCUUAGUGUGGCGCCAAAGCUGAUGGAUGCUAUUGUGAAAUACUCCAUCCGUGAGUUUCCCGAUGCUGAUAACUUUAUCGACGACAUCAUUGUUCCGUCCGAGCAGUCAGAGUCUGUGUCUGCUUGCUUAGAGACCUACGGUCUGCCUACAAAGCCUGCUGUGAAGCUUCACGAAGCCACUGUCCUUGGUUUGAAGCUGUCAUCUGCUAGUGACGGAGUGCGCUGGCAACGGCGCGACAUCACAGACAUCGAAGCACCACAGUUGGCAACCAAGCGGAAUGUAUUUCAGUGGUGUGGGAAGCUGACCAGCCACUACCCCGUCUUCUCAUGGCUGAGACCGCUGUGUUCAUGGUUGAAGCGGCUCGCAUCGUUGGUUCGUGGCUGGGAUGAACCGCUGCCAGAGGAGCUGACUCGGCUGUGCCAAGAAGCUAUGGUGCGCGUGCUGGCGGAGGACCCAGUGCAAGGUGUUUGGAACAUCCCAACUGCUGCCACCUGGAGCGUGUGGUGUGACGCUUCGGAUAUUGCAAUCGGUGUCGCUAUUGGUGUUGGUGACCAGAUCGUGGAAGACCAAGCGUGGUUACGGAAGCCGAACGACCGUCGUCACAUCAAUAUUGCAGAGCUGGAUGCUGCUAUCCAGGGUCUUGCACUUGCGUCCAAGUGGAAUGUGCAGAAUCUCGUUUUGCACACCGAUUCGAAAACCGUCUAUGGCUGGCUGACGUCACUGCUUGAUAAUUUGAAGCGUUGGAAAGUCAGCGGAUUGCAGCAAGUUCUUGUUGAACGUCGUUUGCAGAUCAUUGAAGACCUGGUCGCUACAUCGGACAUGAUUGUCAAAGUAGUGUGGGUUCCGUCGAAGCAGAACCUGGCGAAUCAACUGGCCCGUGUGCCCGAGCGGUACAUGCGGUACUGGAAGCAGCAGCAGCAGCGUGAGACCGACGCAUCGGCGGAUAGUGUUGCCACUGUCGCUACAGCUGCCGCGAUUUCGACCAGUCCUGUCCCGUUAGCUGAGAUAGCUGCUGCACAGAAGAACGAUCCAGUUAUUGCGCGUGUCGUUGCGCAGUUGACUGUUGGUGAAGAUGUCUCUGUUGAUGCGUACUGCAAGGUCAAGUCUCAACUGUCCGUAGUUGAUGGCUUAUUGAUCCGUACGGUCAAGCUUCCUGUGAAUGAAGAAGUGUCUGUGCCUGUUAUUCCGUCGUCUUUACAUGAGCGCGUAUUAGUGGCUGUUCAUCGUGUCAUUGGCCAUGCUGGAUGGGAAACCAUGUGGCAAUUUCUGCGUUCGCAUUGUUUCAUGCCGAACAUGUCGUCAUUGUGUCAGCAGUUCGUCAAGGCGUGCGGUCAAUGCCAAGCAGCGAAUCCUCGUCGUGGCCCUCGUGCCCUGCCAGCGCGUGCUGUGAUUCCGUCCCAUCUGUGGGAAGUCGUGCAGAUUGACACUUUAGAACUAGGUGGAGAUGAUCGAUUUCACUGCGUUCUAGUGUGUGUGGAUAUGUUCAGCAAAUAUGCCGAAGUCAUCCCGUUACGUCACCAUGAUGGUGCUAGUGUGGCGCAAGCUGUUGUGUCUGUGUGCUGUCGCUGGGGACCGCCCCGUGUAAUUCGAUGCGAUAAUGGAACAGAGUUCGUGAACGUCAUCGUGGAAGCCCUAUUCACCAAAUUUGGUGUUACCGUAUGUCAUGGAGCUGUUAGGCACCCUCAAUCGCAGGGAGCAGCCGAGCGGUUCAACAGCACGCUACUUACUUUGAUUCGGAAAGUACUGCGAGAGUCAAGAGAUUGGCGUUCUGAUCUCGAUCUGCUGCUACACCAUUACCGAGUACGGCCGCAUUCAGUAACUGGCAUUUCGCCAAUGAAAGCCAUGUGUGGUUGGCAGCCGACCAAUGUGAUUGUGGAGUCUGAGCAGCCGAGCAUGUCAUCCGGUGCGUGGGUAGACCAUUUGCAACAACGUAGCGCGCAGAUCCGUGACCACAUUGAGAUGGAAUUGUCGAAGGAAGAUCCUGUACCGAGCGAUGCCUUUGAAUGUCCAUACAGUAUCGACACACCAGUUAUGCUCUGUCGCCCAACACGUCAUCAGAAGUGUCUUUCGCCGUACGAAGGUGGUUGGCUUAUUAAAUCUGUCAUUUCGCCAUCUACUGUUGUCAUUAUUCAUACAGAUGGUUCUGGCGAAAAGGUUAUCAAUAUUGAUUUAUUGAAGUAUGAUCCUGCUGCAGAUGUGUGCGCUGAUGACAGCUGUGCUAGUGUGCCUGCAGAUAAUGAUUUGGAUGAUUGUGUUGUGCUGCUGCCUUUGCAUGAGCCUGCUGUUGUGCAGCCUGGCCCUGUUUUGCGCAACCGAGCCGAUUUGCAGCAACCCGUGCGUUUUCGGUGA